AAGUUCGGAUUCAGCCGCCAUUGCUAGGCUUCGACUUAGAUCGGCGCCGCUCUAGCCGCCGCGUCUCCAUGAUAGUCCUCCAGCGUGGGACGAGAAGCGUGGGAAGCCCCGCGUUCUUCAAAGGCGGAAGUAGCGGGUCACUGCUGCCUGGGUCUGAGUUUCCCAUCCCAUAUUUGCAACCAUGUGCCAGGCCUGUGAGUGCUGAGCGAAGCAGAAAGAAAGGUAUCCGGUGCAAGUUUCCAGAAAGGCCAGGAAAGCACCUAAGUAAAAACUUUAAAAAUAACCAGGAUGUUGCGCAGGCCACUAUUACAGGUGAUGCGUCAGUUUGUGAGACAUGAAUCUGAAUCAACGUCAACUACACCAUUAGUACUGGAAAGAUCAUUGAACCGAAUCCAGCUACUUGGCCGUGUCGGACAGGAUCCUGUCAUGAGGCAAGCAGAAGGGAAGAAUCCUGUUACAAUUUUCAGCCUUGCGACCAAUGAGAUGUGGCGAUCAGGGGAAAGUGAGGUCUUCCAAGGAGGUGACAUCUCACAGAAGACAACAUGGCACCGAAUCUCUGUGUUCAGACCGGGGCUGAGAGAUGUAGCUUAUCAGUAUGUGAAGAAGGGUGCUCGGAUCUUUGUGGAAGGGAAAAUAGAUUAUGGUGAAUACAUGGAUAAGAACAAUGUGAGGCGGCAAGCCACAACAAUUAUUGCAGAUAACAUUAUUUUCCUGAGUGACCUUCUUAAAGAAAAAGAAUGAGGUGGUCAGUUUUUGGACUUCAAUUGUACUUUCCCCUUUUUUUCCUAAUUCUGUAAUCAUGUCUACCAAUAAUUUCUUUACUCUGAUUAAAAAAUUAGAUAUUUUGUA